UUUUGCCCCUAGUGUUGGAUUUUACUUCGUACAUAGGAUUUAGUGUUGAUAGGUUGAUGUCAAUUGCAAUUGAUAGCACGCCUUGGACACGCUAACGACCAGCCGACAGAAACAUGGAAGUGGUGACAGCGACCCCUAACGGUGGAGGAGUGCCCCCAUUUCACGACCAUGACGUGCGCGAGUGGUCAAGAAUUGACAGCAUCACUGGUGCCCUGGAAAGGGCGCGGUUGGAGACCGAUCAUUGGUCGGCCAACACGAUCAAUUCGUCUCACAAAUACGGAAAGGUAGUGGACUUGCGAGCCCGCACCGACGCGGACGGGGCUCUGCAACAGCAGGCGCGCAGGCAGCUCGAGGUGUUCCAGAGCCAGAUACCCGGGGGCCAUCUGCAGGUCAUCAAGACGCACACGGUGUCCAGCAGCAGGUGGACCAACAAGGCGGCGAUCGGUGAUGGAAUCGGCAGUAAGGACUUCGAGAAUUUGCAGCUCUCCCUCAACCCUUUAGACCUAAGCUCGCAAAAGUCCAAGGCCUCCGUGGGGCGCAGCGCGAGUAGGCGGCCCCCCACCCGUCAGCGACCGCGUGAACCGCCUAACGAACCGACCAACCCGCUCAGGGACCCCCACCUCACGGCGGCGACCAAUCUGCACCGGGUGACGCGCCUAUGCCACCAGAUCCACGAGACCGCCGUAAGGCAGGCUUUCGGGAAGCGGUCUUCCCCGAGACCGGCGAUAAGCGACCGUGAGAACGGCGACGGCAGUGUCGAAAUAUACGAAAUCGAGAGUGCGUCUUCGAGCGAAACGAAGUCCCUCAACGGACACUCUAAUCUCUCGCGAACGAAAAGUACUAGCAGUGACGACAUCCACGUGGUGCCCGAGAAGGACACGGCCACGAAGAGUGUCGAGGACUUGGAAGAUCUCGAGCAGCUCCAGAACUGGAGGAGGACGUCGAAGAUCCGCCGAUCUCUACAGUUUCCGAAACAGAACAAGACGUCGAGCAGCAAGCCGGUAGACUUGCCCGAGAAUAGUGUGAGUGUGAGGAAGAUUCGCGAAGAUCUCGAAAAGGGCAGGCGCCUUAACACCGCUCUACGGAACAACAGCGUCGAUCUCGAAGCCUUAGAUCAAAUCUUACAGUCGAUAUCGAGCUCCAGUAGCAUACAUUCGGACAAGGCGUCUGAUAACACCGACGAUAUAGAAGCAGAACAGGCGUCCAGGAAACAGAAGCGAAAUUCUUUUGUAACUGUAGAGUCCAUAAAAGAAGUUAAGGGAAGACUGAGGCGGACCAGUUCACCUACAAGCGAUAUAUACCGUCUCAACCCUAAAGAGGUGGAUCCCGAUGAUGGAAUAGUCACCGAGGAAGUCGCCACUAACCCUACAGAAAUGCCUGUGAUCGAGAAAUCGCCCAGCCAGUCCCGAGUACGUUCCUACGUGUACGGAAUGGAAGCCUUACUAAACAAAAAACCAGGACUAGGUACUGGUAGCCUUGAGUCUAGAGGAAAAUUAGUUAAUAACACUACUAAUAUCAAAAACGAGGACUGGUAUAACAGAAGAAAGUCCUACGGGUUUGAACAGAUGCACAACCAAGAAGAAUCGGCGAACACCAUGUCUCUUAAGAGUAAAAAUCUCGUGGAAUCAUCGACCGACAGCGGCAUAUGCAGAUCGACUGAAAUAGUGGUCGUGCCGACGGCUACCAAGACUAACAUUUAUAACGAAGAUACUAACCACUACAGUUCUGAUAAUAGCGAUGCGGAGAAUAGGUAUAAGGGAUACGAUUCCAGAAAUGGCAACGGGGCUGGUGCGGGACAGGUAAAGAAGAUGGCGAGCAGUUUUAACCACGACGACAAAAAAUCGCCGUACAACAAGAUAACCAAUGAAGAACUAACUAAUAAUUCUCCUAACAAGUUUUCUCAUUAUAAAGCGAGCGAUUGGUCGAAUAACGGCCAGACGGAGCUGAAAUCCACAACAAUAACUAUCCCCAUUGUAAAAAAUAACAACGUGGUGGAUCUAUUUUGGAACGAUCAGCCAGAAAAGGAGAUAAAACGACACUCGAUAGCUGUAGAUGAAUCUAAGUACGUCAUGAAAAACAACGAGAAUAAAUUCCGCAGGACGAGCUUGGCUCUGAACGACCAAUACAUGAAGCAAGAAGACGAUGAUAGUAAUGGGAACAGGAAACAGAAGAAGGUGGAGUUCUGCAAAACGGAAGUGCAUUUUGCUGCGGAAUCCGGCAAAGUUAACAUCGUCGCCACAGACGAAAAACCGCCACCCACUCAGAACUUCAGGAGACGUCGUAGAAUCACUGGAUUCCUGAACGAAGAUUUUAACAAAAAUGGCUUGCCCGUGUUACAUUUCGGAGACAGUUCUUACGAAAAAACGAUGUUCGGUCUUCCAGACGAUUUGCCAGAUACAAAAACUACAACUUUCACAUCCGUUUACGAAAACGAACAGCCUAGAGUCCCUUCAGCUUUCGGGGUAGUUACAGUUAAUACUAAUAACAAUGCUAACAAUGAUUUUAUGGAGGAGGACAAGAGGGAACAAAGCGAAAACGAGAGCAUUAAAGGCAUCCUGAAGAACAAACCGAUAAAACCGAGACCUUAUCACCUCGGAGAAACGGUACCAUUCCCGGAAACAUAUUCUGAUGAGGACCCUAAGAAUUGGGGAGUCAAACUUAAACACGUGGACGUUGAUGAGACUCCCAUAUGGAAGUCUACAGUAACCGUUCACAAUUACUACGAUAAACAGCCUUCGAGUGACAUCAAUGACAACGACCAAGAACAACCGGAAUUCCAAAAAUUGUUGAAAAACCUCCGACCUACAAGGAAAAUCGAUUACGCAAGUGACAACGACAAGUAUUCGGAGAGUUUUUCAAGUAUCAGAGUUGUUCCUGCACAGAUAGACAACAGGUCAUCUUGGUCCAUGACAGAUAAGACAAAAUCAACGGAAGAUAAUCAGAACACCGAGAAUAGGGGAUAUUCGACCAGAGUCAAUUUUGGGGAAGGAGAAGCCACGGUGGUGGAGAGCGACGGCUUGUAUGAUAAGGAGAGACAUCCUACUUGGCCUAGAGUAGAGAAUCCAACGAAAGACUCAAAACAGAUACUGAACAAGGGAUUAGUAGUGAGAAUAGGAAGGGAAGACUCCGCCUCGAACCACACAGUGUGCUCUAAGAUGACGACGACUCAGGAUACUAACAACACCAUGACUACCACAAAAAUAACCAUCGACCUGUCCCCAUCGCCCCCGACGAAGACGGACAACUGUUUCACCUAUGCCAAAUACAAAAGAUCUCAGAACCACAGCUUCAAGUCUACCUCCCUCAUACUAAACACCAUAAAAGACAAAAACCAAACCAAAUACUUCGCCGAUAAGACUGGACUAGAUUCUAGUUACAAAAAAGACGGUGGUAUACCCCAGCAGCUAGAGGCUCUCAAAAAGCUGUACGAGGACGUUCAGAGUGACAGUGACGCUGAUAAGGAAGUCCAACUGUUAAUGUCCACCAUCGCCGAAAGGGACUUGAACAGUUUCGAGGACGAUAACAGUAGCGUGGUGUCCGGGAGCUGGAGCAAAAUGAGGGCAUUCAAGAACAUCAGCGAACAUUUCAGCAGAACAAGCACCAAGGAGGCUGUGACGAAACACGAUCUCAAAUUAAACACAAAAUCAGAAAAAGAUAUAAAACAAAGACUAACAAACGAGACUAUCUCAUCCACUUCAAACGUAGAUGCCUGCAGAAACACUUCUAAAUACGUCAUAAGUAAAGAAAACUCAUCUCCUGUAGCUUUAAAUAAAGUGAUUCCAAUGACCUCUAGACCAGAUCUAAAACCGGCUGUGACUACGAAGAAACUUGCUAGUCCGUCUUUAGUUGGUAGAAGCAACCAUUCGUAUGAUUAUCCUGAAAAAUUGGGUACGACGCAACCCAUCGAAAACACCAGACAAUCUCCAAGCAAAGAAUUUAAGAGUAGUUUUGAUAAAAAACUACAAACGAAACACGUAAACGACAGCAUUGUCUUAAGGCAACCGAAGAAGUCGGAAAUGACUUACUUCGGCAUUAACUUGUCGCCCAAACCGGUGAAAAAAAUCUCUCAGGCUGUGAUAAGGAAAGAAAGCAAACUGUCCGACAAGCCAGAUCUCCUACAGCACUACAAGAAAUCUCCCUCGCCCGCGAGAAAUGCAGCAGUUAACAAAAAUAAACCGCGAUUGAAGUCUCCAGAAUCAGUUAAAGUAAACAACGAACCAAUCUACGAAAAUCUGAAGGACACCAAAGGCAGAUACAGCAGAGAGUUCGACAGUAGCAUUCUAGAUGAAUUAACGAAGGCAGCUGACCAAAUUCUCCAGGCUGUUAACGGUUAUACUGAUGAAGAAAAUCACAAUAGGUACAGCACUGAUGAUGAGGAUUCAAAGAAAGUUAGAAAUGAGAAAUUGGAGACAAUAUCUGAAACGAAGUCCUGGAAGCAGCAGCAGGCUCAGAGAACCAAAUCUAAACCUCCCAACACCAGAACAAAACUGAAACACACAUCCUCUACUUCUUCGGUGGAAAGUUUGAGUCGAAGAAAAGUUACGUCUUCCUCGGUUGAAAGGAAAUCAACAAUCCCAAAAACUACACUUGAACAUCAGAGGAAGAAGACGGAAAAAGGAGACUCCAGCACCGCUAAAGCUAAUACUAAAGCGAGACGGUUGCAAAGAGCGAGCAGUAGAGAAGCUCUUCUACAGUCUCACGGAUCUUCGUCCGAGGAUUUGACGGCCAAUGUAGAAGUUCCAGUGCGCAAGCCUAGGCUCAUCAAGAAAACCAAAGCCAUGCAACUCACUGUGACUAACGGUUUAGAGCUCAAGAAACCUACAAGUAGCAGUACCAUAAGGAAAAAGGAAGAACUUCCGAGUAAAUCGGAAGACAGAGUACUAAGCAGUUUGCCAGAAAUCCGACACAAGACUGCUGUGUCAACGAUCAGAAGCACCACCGAUAGGUCCACCAGGGAUAGGACAAGGCACCGAAGUGAAGAUUUGAAGAAAACGCCGCAGAAAAGAGAAGGAAGUAGAGGGAUAAAUCCUUCCACUCGAGAGAGAGAGAAGAACAAAACCACUGCUUUGCAUAAGGAGACUGUAACUCAUCGAAUUUCUACUGCGUAUGUACCUGUUUGUAGAAAUAGAAGUCGACAAAUGCAUGCAAGACACCAAGACACAGAUUGUCCAUGAACAUCAAGAAAUGCCACCGUUCUGAUGGAGGGACGAAGCACUAGCUUCCAUUUUUAGUUUUAUAUAAAUCGAACUGUUUUUUUUUAUUUUAUUUAAAGUUUAAGUAUACGAAAUUGUAAUUCCUGCCAAGUUAGCUUUUAAGUAUAUGACUUAAUCUUUACUUAGUUUGUCUUUUUUAAGAAGUUUUGAUAUGUAGCUCGACAGUAACAUUAUUGUAAAAUAAUGCUUUCUUAAUGCUUUAUUGUUUGUGUUUCCUUGUAAUUUAUUUUUAACAUUCUCAAAUAAUUGUGAUUAUAAACUGCUUUGGUUUUGUGAUGUUUACGUAAUAAAGUUUUUUUUUUAAUUUUUCUCA